AUGAGGAUCUUUGUUCAUCGAAGUAAGACUGACUUUUACAGGGAUGGGGGUUGGGUUGUUGUCGCUAAAACUUUCAAGCAUACAUGUCCUUAUUUAUUAGUUCAACGAUAUUUUGUGUCUGCUUCUUUUUCAGCAGACAUCAAAGAGUUCAUUUUUCGCCCUCUUGUUUUCCUUCGCGGUACCGGAGCUUACAAAAUGCGCAGGUCUGUUUCUUUGUCUUAUACUAGACCGCGGGAGAUAGUGCUUAGCGCUUUCAAUUCCAUCGGUCUUCCCAAGCAAGACUACGGUCUCCAUAGCCUUAGGUCUGGAAGUGCCUCCGGUGCUGCUAAUGCCGGAGUGCCUGACAGAUAG